UUACUCAUAAACCAAACUCUCUCUCUCUCUCUCUCUCUCUCAUUGUGAGCAUGGAUUCUCCACAACCCAAACCCGAACUCGGCCCGCCCGAGGAGGAGUCGCCGAUUGAGGAGGUCCGGCUAACAGUUAAAAACACGGACGACCCGACCCUACCCGUAUGGACCUUUCGGAUGUGGUUUUUGGGUCUACUCUCAUGCUCUCUCUUAUCAUUUCUCAACCAAUUCUUUGCUUACCGUACAGAGCCACUUAUCAUAACCCAAAUAACAGUUCAAGUGGCUGCUCUUCCCAUUGGCAAAUUUCUUGCCAAGGCACUUCCCAACACUCGUUUUCGAGUGUUGGGGUUGGGGGAGAGACGGUUCUCCCUCAACCCGGGCCCGUUUAACAUGAAAGAGCACGUGCUCAUUUCCAUAUUUGCUAAUGCUGGGAGUGCUUUUGGGUCUGGUUCUACUUAUGCAGUUGGGAUUGUUAAUAUUAUUAAGGCUUUUUAUGGAAGGAAUAUCUCUUUUCUUGCUAGUUGGCUUCUCAUUAUCACCACUCAGUAAGGUGCUGGGAUAUGGUUGGGCUGGGCUGUUAAGGAAGUAUGUGGUUGAACCAGCUCAUAUGUGGUGGCCCAGCACCCUCGUUCAAGUCUCUCUUUUCAGAGCAUUGCAUGAGAAAGACGAGCAGCGGAUGUCACGGGCAAAGUUCUUUUUAAUAGCUCUAAUCUGCAGUUUUUCAUGGUAUGUUUUUCCGGGAUUCCUAUUCCCAACACUCACAAACAUAUCAUGGGUUUGCUGGGUAUUCUCAAAGUCAGUUACAGCACAGCAGAUCGGUUCAGGCAUGAAAGGCCUUGGACUGGGAUCGUUCACACUUGACUGGUCAGCCGUGGCAUCUUUCUUAUUCAGCCCUCUAAUCUGCCCGUUCUUUAGCAUUCUCAACAUUUUUGCUGGCUAUGCACUGAUAAUUUAUGUUGCACUACCUAUAGCAUACUGGGGACUGGACUUGUACAGUGCAAGAAAAUUUCCCAUUUUCUCUUCACACUUGUUUACCGCAGAAGGUCAAAUUUACAAUAUAUCAGCUAUAGUGAACAACAAGUUCGAGUUGGAUACAGCAAAGUAUGAGGAGCAAGGAAGAAUUCACUUAAGCAUGUUUUUCGCCCUCACUUAUGGUUUCGGUUUUGCCACCAUAGCUGCCACCCUCACACAUGUGGCUUUCUUCUAUGGAAGGGAGAUCUAUCAGCGGUACAGUGCUUCAUAUAAAGGCAAGGAGGACAUCCAUACAAAACUAAUGAGAAGAUACAAGGACAUACCUUCCUGGUGGUUUUACUUCUUGCUUGGCGUGACACUAUUAAUAUCCCUAGCACUCUGCAUUUUUAUGAAUGACCAGGUUCAGAUGCCAUGGUGGGGACUCCUCUUUGCUGCUGCUAUGGCCUUCAUUUUCACUCUCCCAAUCAGCAUUAUAACUGCUACAACAAACCAGACACCGGGGCUCAACAUAAUAACAGAGUAUGUCAUGGGUAUCAUAUUACCAGGACAUCCAAUUGCCAAUGUUUGCUUCAAAACGUAUGGCUAUAUGAGUACGGCACAGGCUGUGUCCUUUCUAAAUGAUUUUAAGCUGGGGCAUUAUAUGAAGAUUCCUCCAAGAUCGAUGUUUCUAGUUCAGUUCAUAGGAACGAUCCUUGCUGGAACCAUCAAUCUUGCAGUGGCAUGGUGGUUGUUGGGUUCUGUGGAGAAUAUAUGCCAGGAUAAUCUUCUCCCACCAGAUAGUCCCUGGACUUGUCCUGGUGACCGAGUCUUCUUUGAUGCAUCUGUCAUAUGGGGAUUAGUUGGACCAAAGCGUAUAUUUGGAUCUCGUGGAAACUAUCCAGAGAUGAAUUGGUUUUUCCUUGGAGGUGCGAUUGGACCAAUAGUUGUUUGGCUGUUCCACAAGGCAUUCCCCAAACAAACAUGGAUACCCCUGAUCAACCUUCCAGUCCUUCUAGGAGCAACAGCAAUGAUGCCACCAGCAACACCACUGAACUACAAUGCCUGGAUUAUAGUUGGAACCAUUUUCAACUUCUUUGUCUUCCGAUACAGGAAACAAUGGUGGCAGAGGUACAAUUAUAUUCUUUCAGCAGCACUGGAUGCUGGGGUGGCUUUCAUGGCAGUGUUAUUAUACUUUUCACUGGGUGUGGAGAAUAGAGGCUUGAAAUGGUGGGGAACAGAUGGUGAACACUGCCCAUUAGCAAGUUGUCCAACUGCUAAAGGCAUAGUAGUCGAUGGCUGUCCAGUGAAGUAAGGCUUGUCUAUUGUCAUUGUUGCAGAGCAUACUUUCAGCAAUACAAUAUAAGUAAUUGUGUCAAAUGUUAAUUAAGCCAAGCUGUAAUAUAUUCUCUAACACAUUUGUGCAUAAGUUCAAGUUGCACUUGCAAGCCUACUUCUCCACAUGUCACUGAUGCUCCUCAAAAUAAUUAUUUGUGGAAAUGAAAUUAACUUGCAGCAAA